AAAGGCGCAAGCCGAGCUCUCUCCCUUCUCCCGCUUCAGUUCCCUCCCGAGGAGAAAGAAGGAAGAAGAGGCGAAAUUUGAAAGGAAGAAGACUUCGGUAAUUCCUGAGACGACUAGGAAAGCAAUCUGUGAGUUGUCUGCCUUGGUUGGCCAAGGAUCUAUUCAACCUUUUCCAAAUAAAAGGUGGGAAUAGGUCAUUGGGUUGGAUCUUUUGGAGGGAAUCUUUCUUCACAUGAGCAAUCUCAAUUGCCCCUGAUCCCUGAUCGAACCGGUUUCAGUUAACAUGGAUUCAGAAGAAUUCCUCAGAUUUGGCAUGCCAAUUUCUGAAACAGGAGAUCCUUUUUAUGAUGACUCGUUUUCCCUCAGAAACUGGACGUUUGAGUCCAUGAAAGUUACUCUCGGAAGCUCGCCUGACUCGCCUUUCUCAGCUCCAUUUGAUGGCGAUUGCUUUUCUGCUAUGAGCAGCAGCCAAGAGCAGCACAGCUCUACUGAGAACUUGUCAGUCAUGAGCUCUUCCUACAAUUCAGACGGCUUCCAGAGGUACUCACCACCGAGUAGUAAAGAGACAUUACAGGGUCAGUUUGGAGGGAAUCCAUUUUCGCGUGAUGUUGAUGUAGGUUGCAGUUUCAGUAUGAGACACAAAUUACAGGAGCUAGAGACAGUUCUGAUGGGUCCUGACGCCGAUGAAGACGGCCAUGGGAGUGGUUUCCAUUGCGAGAACAAAGUACCUGACAAGUCAAAGCGAACAAGGGAAGCUCUUGAUGGGGAAUUUCCACAUGGCUCACCAAAGAUUGCUGCAGAGGCUCCUACCAUGAAAAAACACAGAAGAACAGACCAAGCGGCCGAGCUAAGCGCAGUCCAGAAUCCACAUUUGCAUGAGACACCGCAGGGGGAUGUCAGGCAGUUACUGAUACAAUGCGCAGAGGCACUUCAAAACCCAUAUUGUGAUUUUGACAAGCUGAUAGCAGAGGCUAGAAGUGGUGUCUCUAUCAAUGGCGAACCAAUCCAGCGGUUAGGCGCCUACAUGGUUGAAGGCUUGGUAGCUCGCAAGGAAGCAUCUGGUUCGAACAUCUACCGGACAUUGAGGCGUAAAGAGCCGGAGAGCGAAGACCUGCUCUCUUACAUGCACACCAUGAACGAAGUAUGCCCAUAUCUCAAAUUCGGAUACAUGGCUGCCAAUGGCGCCAUAGCUGAAGCAUUCAGAAAUGAAGAUCGAGUUCAUAUAAUAGAUUUCCAGAUUGCACAGGGGACUCAGUGGGUCACCCUUUUACAGGCAUUAGCUGGAAGACCAAGUGGGCCGCCACAUGUGAGAAUCACAGGAAUUGACGAUCCCGUAUCAAAGUAUGCUCGUGGUGAAGGCCUGGAGGCCGUGGGGAGAAGGCUGACGGCCAUUUCAGAGAAAUAUCAGAUACCGCUAGUCUUCCACGCAGUGUCAGAGUUCGGGCCAGAAAUCAACGCAGAGAUGCUCCACAUACAACCAGGAGAAGCACUUGCCGUCAACUUUGCUCUCCAGCUUCACCACACUCCCGAUGAGAGUGUUGAUGUGAACAACCCCCGCGACGGCCUCCUGAGAUUGGUCCGGGCUUUGUCACCGAAGGUGAUGACUCUGGUCGAGCAGGAAUCGAACACCAACACGGCGCCAUUUUUUACAAGGUUCAUGGAGACCCUGGAUUACUAUUCCGCCAUGUUCGAAUCGAUCGAUGUCACCUUGCCGAGGGACAGUAAGGACAGGAUCAAUGUUGAGCAGCACUGUUUGGCCCGUGAUAUUGUUAAUAUAAUUGCUUGUGAAGGUAUGGAAAGAGUGGAGAGACACGAGCUGCUGGGAAAGUGGAGGUCCAGGCUGACCAUGGCAGGUUUCAAGCCAUUUCCACUGAGCCCCUUGGUGAACUCCGUGGUUAGGUCUCUGUUGAAGACCUAUUCAGAGCAUUACAACCUUUUGGAGAAAGAUGAGGCGGUGCUUCUUGGCUGGAAAAACAGAAGUUUGGUAUCAGCAUCAGCAUGGUAUUGAGGAUUAAUGAUGAACAGAGGACGGCAUUGUUGUCUUCUUCCGGUGCUCUGGGGGGGCUAGCUGUUUUUGAAACCUUGAAUCCUGUUGUACUCUAGGUGAAAGAAACGUAGUUGAUGGGAAGUAUCUGAUGGAAAUUCUCUGUAUUUUUGCUUCUCCCUGUGGUGAUUGGAGAAGCUUGUCGUAGUAACUUGCGUAAUUCUUUAAAUUGUUUUUCUCCCUUUUUUGGGA